AUGAAGCAGCCUGUGCCAAUCAUAUCCUAUUUCCGGACCGUGCGGUCCACCUUACUUCCGGUAUGUGCGUUCCAUAUACAGGAAGUGAGUUUUCAUUGCCUGCUGAAGCCUUCCAGUGUCCGUGGAGAUCAGGAAUACACAGUUGUGCGGAAGACAUCAGGUGAGUGUGAGACACCUAGCAGCCAUACCCUUAUGUUAAGAGGACCGAACAGAACCCAGAGCCCCAUCACGGUGCCUCCACCUCACUCACUGACACAUGAGAGGCACAAUGACCAGAAGAUCCUGGAACUCGGCAACAAGAUCAUUCAGCUGCUGACUGGAGAGGAGGGGGAGUAUAUAGAGGAACACAGGGGUCUGUACAAGGACGUGAUGAUGGAGAAUCACCGGCCCCUCACAUCACUGGAUGGACCCAGUAACAGAGAUACCCCAGAGAGAUGUCCCCGUCCUCUGUAUUCCCAGGAUUGUACAGAGGAGAAUCACAGGAUCCCACAGGAGGAUCAGGGUGAAGAUCUCACAAAUAUAAAGGUAGAAGGAGAAGAAGAGACGUAUGUGACUGAUAUGAAGGUAGAAGAUAUAGAGGGAGAAGAGACGUAUGUGACUGAUAUGAAGGCAGAAGAUAUAGAGGGAGAAGAGACGUAUGUGACUGAUAUGAAGGCAGAAGAUAUAGAGGGAGAAGAAGAGGCGUAUGUGACUGAUAUGAAGGCAGAAGAUAUAGAGGGAGAACAGACGCAUGUGACUGAUAUGAAGGCAGAAGAUAUAGAGGGAGAAGAAGAGACGUAUGGGACUGAUAUGAAGGCACAAGAUACACAGAGAGAAGAAGAGACGUAUGUGACUGACAUGAAAGCGGAAGAUACAGAGGGAGAAGAAGAGACGUAUGUGACUGAUAUGAAGGCAGAAGAUAAAGAGGGAGAAGAAAAGAUGUAUGUGAGAGAUGAUCAGCAGUGUAAGGAGGAGGAAAUCCCUACAGAUAUCAGCACAGAUGAAUGUAACAGAAGAAAUAUAUUGUCUGAACGUCCCAUUGUAUUGAGAGAUUGUGAAAUUGAAACUGAAGAUAUCAUGCAAGAUUCUCUGGAAAACCCUGUGAUCCCAAUUAUACAUCCAGUCCCUCACAGUGCAGAUAAAUCAUCUGUUACCUCUAAUCAUGAGGAAUGUUCACCUGAUACCUCAGAUAUUGGUCCAUUCAUCAUACCUCUUAGAGUAGAUAGAACAUUUCCCAGUGUUGUACAGGACAAAUGUUUUACUCCGAGCACAAAGCUUAUUACUAAUCAGCCUCCUAAGACAGGUGAGAGGCCAUUUCCAUGCUCUAAGUGUGGGAAAUGUUUUAAAGAGAAAACAGGUCUUGUUAUACAUGAGAGAACUCACACAGGUGUGAAGCAAUUUCCAUGUUCCAAGUGUAGGAAAUGUUUUACUCACAAAUCACAGCUUGUUAUACAUGAGAGAAGUCACACAGGUGAGAAACCAUUUCGAUGCUUUGAAUGUGGGAAAUGUUUUAGACUCAAAUUAGAUCUUGUUAUACAUGAGAGAACUCACACAGGUGAAAAGCCAUUUUCAUGCUCUGAGUGUGGGAAAUGUUAUUCACGCAAAUCAAAUCUUGUUGCGCAUAAGAGAAAUCACACAGAUGAGAAGCCAUUUCCAUGCUCUGAGUGUGGGAAAUGUUUUACUCGCAAAUUAUCUCUUGUUAUACAUGAGAGAAGUCACACAGGUGAGAAGCCAUUUCCAUGCUCUAAAUGUACAAAAUGUUUUCCUCACAAAUCACAGCUUGUUAUACAUGAGAGAGGUCACACAGGUGAGAAGCCAUUUCCAUGCUCUGAGUGUGGGAAAUGUUUUACUCACAAAGCACAGCUUGUUAAACAUGUGAGAUGUCAUACAGGUGAGAGGCCAUUUACAUGUUCUGAGUGUGGGAAAUGUUUUAGAUGUAAAUCAGAUCUUGUUAGACAUGUGAGAACUCACACAGGUGAGAAGCCAUUUCCAUGUUCUGAGUGUGGGAAAUGUUUUACACGCAAAUUAUCUCUUGUUGUACAUGAGAGAAGUCACACAGGUGAGAAGCCAUUUCCAUGCUCUGAGUGUGGGAAAUGUUUUACUAACAAACCACAGCUUGUUAUACAUGAGAAAAGUCACGCAGAUGAGAAGCCAUUUCCAUGCUCUGAGUGUGGGAAAUGUUUUACUCUCAAACCACAGCUUGUUGAACAUUUGAGAAGUCACACAGGCGAGAAGCCAUUUCCAUGCUCUGAGUGUAAAAAAUGUUUUGCACGCAAAUCACAGCUUAUUACACAUCAGAGAUGUCACACGGGUGAGAAACCAUUUCGAUGCUCUGAGUGUGGGAAAUGUUGUAGACUUAAAUCAGAUCUUGUUCUACAUGAGAGAACUCACACAGGUGAAAAGCCAUUUUCAUGCCCUGAGUGUGGGAAAUGUUUUACAUGCAAAUCAUAUCUUGUUGCACAUGAGAUGAGUCACACAGGUGAGAAGCCAUUUCCAUGCCCUGAGUGUGUCAAAUGUUUUACUCACAAAUCACAGCUUGUUAUACAUGAGAGAAGUCACACAGGUGAAAGACCAUUUCCAUGCUCUGAGUGUGGGAGAUGUUUUGCACACAGAUCAGCUCUAAUUCAGCAUAAGAGAACUCACACUGGUGAGAAACCAUUUCCAUGUACUAAGUGUGGGAAAUGUUUUACACACAAAUCAAAUCUUGUUGUGCAUGAGAGAAGUCACACAGGUGAGAAGCCAUUUCCAUGUUCUGAGUGUGGGAAAUGUUUUACUCUCAAAUCACAGCUUGUUAUACAUGAGAGAAGUCACACAGGUGAGACACCAUUUUCAUGCUCUGAGUGUGGGAAAUGUUUUGCACGCAAAUCAGCUCUAAUUGAACAUAAAAGAACUCACACUGGUGAGAAACCAUUUCCUUGUUCUGAGUGUGGGAAAUGUUUUACACACAAAUCAAAUCUUGAUAAACAUCAGAGAAUACACAAGUGAAAGGCCAUUUCCAUUUUCUGAAUGUUGAAAAUGUUUUAUAUACAAAUCACAGUUUGUUGAACAUCAGAGAAGUCACACAGGUGAGAGCCCAUUUCCAUGCUCUAAGUGUGGGAAAUGUUUUAAAGAGAAAAUAGGUCUUGUUAUACAUGAGAGAACUCACACAGGUGUGAAGCAAUUUCCAUGUUCUAAGUGUAGGAAAUGUUUUACUCACAAAUCACAGCUUGUUAUACAUGAGAGAAGUCAUUUCGAUGCUCUGAGUGUGGGAAAUGUUUUAGACUCAAUUUAGAUCUUGUUCUACAUGAGAGAACUCACACAGGUGAAAAGCCAUUUUCAUGCUCUGAGUGUGGGAAAUGUUAUACACGCAAAUCAAAUCUUGUUGCGCAUAAGAGAAGUCACACAGAUGAGAAGCCAUUUCCAUGUUCUAAGUGUGGGAAAUUUUUUACUCACAAAUCACAGCUUGGUAUACAUGACAGAAGUCACAUAGGUGAGAAGCCAUUUCCAUGUUCUGAGUGUGGGAAAUGUUUUACACGCAAAUUAUCUCUUGUUAUACAUGAGAGAAGUCAUACAGGUGAUAAGCCAUUUCCAUGCUCUGAGUGUGGGAAAUGUUUUACUCACAAACCACAGCUUGCUGAACAUUUGAGAAGUCACACAGGCGAGAAGCCAUUUCCAUGCUCUGAGUGUAGAAAAUGUUUUGCACGCAAAUCACAGCUUAUUACAUUUCCAUGAUCUGAGUGUGGGAAAUGUUUUACAUACAAAUCCACUCAAUAUUUAUAGAGGAUAUUUCUAGAGUUGGCUUUGACAUAAAAGAACACCAGCAAAUACAACCUCAUUACUAAAGGGAAUGGAAAACUUAUAGAGUUUCCAAAAAUAUUUGUUUUAAAAAAAAGCAACCCCCAUUGAGAUGAUAUCAUUAAAAUGUAUAAAUAUAUUUGAGAUAAAUACAAAGAUUUAACAAGCACAUCACACUAUGCUCAUGUACAAUUGUACCAUUAUUUCUCUAACGUCCUAGUGGAUGCUGGGGACUCCAUAAGGACCA